AUGGUCUUACCACUUUGGUUGAGGGGUGGUAAACCUAUUACAAUCCCUUUAACUCGCCAUAAUGCUAUUCAUUUACCUCCAGUACUCACCUUAAUCCUCUUACUCGGAAUUGGAUUCCUAUUCUGUCAAAUCCGACCACAUCCACCCUAUAGACCAUAUAAUAUAGGUAAAACGACAGAUUCUCCUUUUCUGAUAGAUCGCUCAUUGUUCUUACCUCCUCCACCUAUAAAGCAAGAUAAACCAGAUUAUCUACAUUUACCUGAUCCAUCAAAACCUAAAAGAAUAGAUGGAAUGAUAAUACCAAAUUCUGUACAUUACGUAUAUGGCUUGAAAGAUCUGAAAGAAGGUCAAGAGCAAGGUGAAGAAUUGCCUUAUUACGCUUAUUUGGCUAUGAGAAGUGCUUUGAUCAAUCUAAAACCGGAAAAGAUCUACUUCCACUACGAACACCUUCCCACGGGACCAUGGUGGGACCUCAUCGUCCCUCAUCUCACUUUGAUAUCGACUCAAGCUCCGUCACAGAUAUACGGUAGGCCGUUGAACCACUUUGCGCACAAAGCGGACGUGUUGAGAUUACUAGCUAUGAAGUAUUCUGGUGGCAUCUACCUGGACGUUGAUAUCUAUGUCAUCAAAUCAUUCGACGAUCUGCUGUAUUUCCCUACUACGUUAGGCAUGGAAGCUUCACCUGAUUCCAGAAGAGCUGCAUUGGAUCCAGAGGGAUUAUGCAACGCUGUGAUAAUAUCAGCACCUGGAUCUCCAUUCAUAGAUCGAUGGUUACAUUCCUACGAAACUUUCGACGGCGGCACAUGGGCUUAUCAUUCAGUGGUGAAACCGUGGGAGAUAGCAAGAAGGUAUCCUGAUGAAGUGCAAGUACUGAGUGAAAGAGCUUUCUUUUGGCCAAUGUGGCAUGGAGAAGAGAUCCAAAAAACCCACGAGGAAAAAGAAUUUGACUUUGAGAAAACUGGUCAAUAUGCAUAUCACGCAUGGGAAUCCCUUGCGAUGGGAUACUUGUCCAAGUUAUCUCCUAAAUCAAUAAGGGAGAAUGAUAAUUCGUUCAAUAGAAUGGUCAAGAAGUUCAUUGGUCCGGAAGAUGAUGAGGUUUUUAAAAGGUGGCGAGGGGAAUAG